UAGUCUAGGCUUCCGACACUUGCCUCUCAGGAAACGCCGUUGCUUAUUUCAAAUUUGUUUCGUAAGUUGCUAGGCCUUGAAGGCCUACCGGCCAUAUUUGGCGAGGGCAGAGCCAUCCCUGUGCGCUUCGGAAAACCCUCUAUAAAUACAUGCGCGCAACAACUUCAACUGUCAAAGAAGGAGUGACGUAAUUUCUCUUCGCCGGAAGAGAAAAUUCCUACAUGGAGAGGUUAGGCUCUUCGUUUGGUUUGCGGUAACGCAAGUCUGGUUGAUAAAGUGGUGCGUUGGGUUGGCAUAUUCAUUUAGGAGUAGUUUCAUAGGAGCUGUGGACUCAUUUCCGAUAAAAAACGCUUAGGAUAGGUCUCAUUUGAAAUACUAUGGCUCAAAAGUGGACCAAUGGACAUUCCUCUUCAAUAUUAUGUUUGAAUGUAAGCAAAGAUGGUAUGCUGGCUUCAGGAGCUGAAGGAGGGGAACUAACUAUCUGGAAUGAGAAAGGGAGUCCAUUAGAACAUGUACAGAUACAGAAAGCUGAUGAUGUUACUAGUGUUGUAUUUUCUCCCAUCCAUCCUAGUAGACUUUAUGCUUCCCAUGGGGAGACUAUUAGUAUGCUGGAUACCAGAUGUCUCAAGGAACCUAUUGAAUGUUUCCAUGUAAAUGAAGAAGAGAUCAAUUGUCUUUCGGUAAAUGAAACGGACAGCUUCUUAGCUGCUGCAGAUGACUCUGGAGCAAUCAAGAUAAUUGAUUUGGAAAGGAAGAAGUUAAGCCGCUGCCUGAAACGACAUUCAAAUAUUUGUGCAUCUGCUGUGUUUCGGCCUGAAAGACCUCAAAGUCUUCUUUCAUGUGGUCUGGAUAUGAAGGUUAUGAUGUGGAACUUACAGAAAGCUCGUCCACUGUGGAUUGUGAACUUGCAAGAGGAAGAAGCAAAUGAGCAGUCAGCUGGCCAACUUUUUAAUCCACCCCUAGCUCAUUCCUUGUCUGUUUCUCCUUGUGGCAAUGUAUUUAGCUGUGGAGCUGAAGAUGGUAAAAUAAGAAUCUUCCAAGUAACAGGCACCAAGUUUGAACAGGAAGUGGCAUUUAAGGGCCAUUCCUUAGGAGUAUCACAGGUUUUCUUUUUACCAGACACCUAUUGGUUAAUUACAGGAGGAAAUGAUGGCAGAGUAUUGUUGUGGGAUGUCAGCAAUGAAAUAGGAAAACGGAAGAGUCCAGUCAAGUCCAUUCACAGAAGGAAAACUAAGACACCAAAUACCACCCAGAAAGUUGACAGAAUGAAUGCAGAAUUUGCAAAUGAGUGUGUGCCAAUUUCACCAAAAUUAACCAUUGAACAUGGAGAGAAAGUGAACUGGAUUUUAUAUGCAGAAAUUAAAGGUUCUAGGAACAUACUGGUUGCUGAUCAGACUAGCAGUAUAUCAGUCUAUCCUAUUGCUGAGCUGCAUACUUAUCUUGGCAAGUAAUUGAUUCCAUGAUACCUGUGUUUUUUUAAUACAUCACCUUUAUUACCUCCAGUUAAUUAAAGCACCUACAGCCCUUCCAUACAUUACUAAAAAAAUAUAUUUUGGCACUUGACAAAUGUCAUUGUAUCAGUAAUGGCAUAUCUUGGGUUAAAUUUGAUAUGCUCUUACUGCUAAAAAUCCUGAAUUGUGAAUGUAAAGAUUGUAAAGAUUUCUGAUUCUAAAACAAGAAGAAAAAAUAAAAAUAGCAUAUCAUAGCAUAUGCUUUUUCCCUAAGACAUUAAGAUACUUAUUUCAAAAUAUUUGAACUUACGAUCAAGAUAAAAGAUUACAAUGUGAUAUCAGGGAAAAUUCAAGGGGUCCCUAGGCAUGGUGUUUUCCACUCAGCCCCUCAACUUCCUCUCCAGAGCUUGGAAGAUUGGACAGUGGCGUUGGAGGGAGGCCAGUAACAGUGGACAGCUGUAGGCAGUGGUAAGUAGUUCAGUGCUGAGGAGAGAUGUACUAGAAGAAGUGGCUGUACCUGCAGCCACCCAGCUUGGAGCAUCUUUUCAGUGUGGUGCCCGAUGAAAGUAAGCAUCAACUGUGGUGGCCCUUCUGGGAGUCUUGGCAUUUGCUCUGUAUGUUGGCUGCAGAUGCCAAGCCUGUAUAAAAUAGUUAAAUCAUGCUAAGCUUUAUAACUGUUCUAAAUGGGUGAUAGUCGAUACUAUAAGAAAAGGGUGAGAAUAUUUUAAUACAUCUGUUUAUUCUCCCUAUUCAACUUGAAAAUUAAUUAUAAAACAAAGCUGCUCAUUUUAAGUCAGAUACUUAGUUCAUGUGCUCUGCUGGUCUUUUCACCAUCCUUCCAAACAGAUCAGGACAAAAGACUUUCUAAAUAAAGACUUUAUGUUAAAGUUGGCCAGCCAGGCUGGCUUUGGGAUACAAAAGAAGAAUGUUGCAGAAGUCAAUACCUAAAGGCACAAGCAAAGUUAGAAUACUGGCCAUUACAGAAAUGUGGCUUAAGGAUACAAAGUUAAUUCCAAACUGAAAAGCUCUCCUCCCUUUUAAACCAACAAGAGCUGACUCCACCUUCAAAAUGGAUCAUGUUGCUUAUGUACUAAUCUUCUGGAACAUCGGACUUUUCUCAAUUGGUUGACUCUUUAAGCUUGACUCUGUAUGAUUGGCCUAAUGAUGUUAAGUCUGCUCCUGCCCAUCUCAGUUACUCACUAGAAUUUCCACCAUACUUCAAACGGCUUCUCAGGGACUGCUUGACUUAACUCUGGAUCCAAUGACCUUGGCAUUUCAACUGUGAAUUCCUACCUCUUCCUCUCUUCUUCUGAAUCAGAAUCCCAGUAAACAAUCCUGAAGGUUGUAUUAUAGGAGGAGUGUGUCCACAUGGUGUUCUUUAGUCCCCUUUCCUUUUAUGCUCAACCCAAUUUUUAUGCAUUAUGUCAGUAUAACAACGCUAAACUCUUUUGAAGUAUCCCUACUGAUUUGAUUUUGCACCUCCAGUACAAUUCUAAGUCAAUUGGACAAUGUGAAAAUGGUCUUUGGAUUUGAGCUUUUAUAUGCAAUAUAUACAUGAGGAAUUCUGACUUGAUCCAUUGUGAAUGUAGGUAUAUCCCUGUCCCCUGCAUCAUGGAAUCUUAAAUUGCUCAGGAAAAUGCAGAUUUCUUGUAGAAAACAUCUUGGUGCAUAAAGUUAUCAGAUGCUUCUAAUUAAUUUUCUCAGCCAGUUGCUGAGAAAAUUGAUGUCUUCCUAAAUUAUAUCCCUGUUUUUAGAGACUUUUCUUGGGUUUUUGUUUUUGUUUUGUUGCAGUUUUGCAAUAAAUUGUAUCCUACUCAGUA